AGACAGGACCGAGUCUCCUUCCAAGCUCUCUAGAUCUUCAACUGCUCUCGAUCCUGCGAAGCUCUCAGGAUGACAGAUGCUCAGAUGGUUGAGUUUGGAGCCGCGGCUCCCUACCUGCGCAAGUCGGACAAGGAACGCCUGGAAGCGCAGACGCGGGCCUUUGACCUCCGCACCGAGUGCUUCGUGCCCGAUGAGAAGGAAGAAUACGUCAAGGGGAAGAUAACGAGUCGAGAGGGCGGGAACGUCACCGUGCAAACCGAGAACGGAAAAACGGUGACCGUCAAGGAGGCAGACGUCCACCAGCAGAACCCGCCUAAGUUCGACAAGAUCGAGGACAUGGCGAUGCUCACCUUCCUGCACGAACCCGCGGUCCUCUACAACCUCAAGGAACGUUACGCGUCCUGGAUGAUCUACACCUACUCAGGGCUCUUCUGCGUGACUGUCAAUCCCUACAAAUGGCUGCCGGUCUACAAUGCCGAGGUGGUGGCUGCCUAUCGGGGCAAGAAGAGAACGGAGGCCCCGCCCCACAUCUUCUCCAUCUCUGACAACGCGUACCAAUACAUGUUGACGGAUCGAGAAAACCAGUCUGUCCUUAUCACCGGAGAAUCCGGUGCGGGAAAGACGGUGAACACCAAACGGGUGAUCCAGUACUUCGCCAGCAUCACGGCGACUGGCGACCGCAAGAAGGAGUCGGCAAACAGCGGAAAGGGGACGCUGGAAGAUCAAAUCAUCCAAGCCAACCCUGCGUUGGAGGCCUUCGGCAACGCCAAGACCAUGCGGAACGACAACUCCUCUCGAUUUGGUAAAUUUAUCCGGAUCCAUUUUGGGGCGACGGGAAAGUUGGCGUCUGCCGACAUUGAAACCUACCUCCUAGAGAAGUCCCGGGUUAUUUUCCAGCUCAAAUCUGAGAGAAACUACCACAUCUUCUACCAGAUCUUGUCCAACAAGAAACCGGAGCUUCUGGACUUGCUCUUGGUGACCAACAACCCCUAUGACUACAGCUACAUCUCCCAAGGAGAGGUGACCGUGGCCUCCAUCGAUGACUCCGAGGAGUUGAUGGCAACGGAUAGUGCCUUCGACAUCCUGGGCUUCACCCCAGAGGAGAAAGUGGGGGUGUACAAGCUGACGGGAGCCAUCAUGCAUUACGGCAACAUGAAGUUCAAGCAGAAGCAACGGGAGGAGCAGGCAGAACCAGAUGGGACCGAGGAAGCAGAUAAAUCCGCCUACCUCAUGGGCCUAAACUCGGCGGACCUCUUGAAGGGGCUCUGCCAUCCACGGGUGAAGGUCGGGAACGAAUACGUCACCAAGGGGCAAAAUGUCCAGCAGGUGUACUACUCCAUCGGGGCCCUGGCCAAGUCCGUGUACGAGAAAAUGUUCUCCUGGAUGGUGCUGAGGAUCAACAACUCCUUGGAGACCAAGCAGCCGCGGCAGUACUUUAUCGGGGUGCUGGACAUUGCGGGGUUCGAGAUCUUCGAUUGUAACAGUUUCGAGCAGCUCUGUAUCAACUUCACGAAUGAGAAACUGCAGCAAUUCUUCAACCACCACAUGUUCGUGCUGGAGCAGGAGGAGUACAAGAAGGAGGGCAUUGAGUGGGAGUUCAUCGACUUCGGCAUGGACCUCCAGGCCUCCAUCGACCUCAUCGAGAAGCCCCUGGGGAUCAUGUCCAUCCUGGAGGAAGAAUGCAUGUUCCCCAAAGCCACCGACAUGACGUUCAAGGCCAAGCUGUACGACAACCACCUGGGCAAGUCGUCCAAUUUUGGGAAGCCCCGGAACACGAAGGGCAAGCCUGAGGCGCACUUCUCGCUCGUCCACUACGCCGGCACCGUCGACUACAACAUCCUCGGCUGGCUGCAGAAGAACAAGGACCCUCUCAACGAGACAGUGGUGGGGCUGUACCAGAAAUCGUCCCUCAAACUUCUGGCCACCCUCUUCUCCUCCUAUACUGGCGCCGAUGCUGGUGGAGACGGUGGCAAAGGAAAAGGCUCCAAGAAGAAAGGGUCGUCUUUCCAGACUGUCUCAGCACUUCACCGGGAGAACCUGAACAAGCUAAUGGCAAACCUAAAAACGACACACCCUCAUUUUGUCCGGUGUAUAAUCCCCAAUGAAAAGAAGGCACCCGGCGAGAUGGAUAACCCUUUGGUGAUGCAUCAGCUGCGCUGUAACGGCGUCCUGGAAGGGAUCAGGAUCUGCCGCAAAGGGUUCCCCAACCGGAUCCUCUACGGGGACUUCAGGCAACGGUAUCGUAUCCUGAAUCCCGCUGCCAUCCCUGAAGGGCAGUUCAUUGAUAGCAGGAAGGGAGCAGAGAAGCUGCUGGGUUCUUUGGAUAUCGACCAUAACCAGUACAAAUUUGGGCACACCAAGGUGUUUUUUAAAGCCGGGUUGCUGGGUCAGCUGGAGGAGAUGCGGGACGAACGGCUUUCCCGUAUCAUCACUCGCAUCCAGGCCCGAGCCCGGGGCCAGCUCAUGCGCAUUGAAUUCAAAAAGAUCAUGGAGCGCAGGUGGGUGCCCAGCGGCCUUUGUGUGCAUCACAGGAAGCAUCUCAGAUUCUGGCAGGUUUGGGAAUCGGGAAGAUUCACAAUGAGGUUUGGAAAUCUUGGUUAUACUCAAGAUCAGCGGUUCUCAACCUGGGGGUCGGGACCCCUUUGGGUCGCCUACGGGGUCGCCUACGACUCUCUGGGGGCGGCUGCCACUCAGCCUCAGCCGGCUGGGGUGUUUCUUGAGGAUGCUCAGGUGAUAUUGCAAAAGCCCCCUGCCCGGAGCAUCCCUCCUUCCCUCCCUCCCUCCCUCCCUCCUGAGUCAUCGCUGCUGGGGGGGGCGGGGGGCGGGCUGGGCGGAUGGGCUGGCCGGCAGCCCGGGAUGGCUGGGCUGCUCCCCGGAGGAGAGGAGCAGGAGAAGGGCCGGCCGGCCGGGCCGAGGGGGGUCCGGCGCCCCGGACGCGCCGCACAUCUGGCCAGCGGCGCCUGGAAGUUGCCCGCGGGCGCCCCCCUCAAGCAACGUGGCCAUUUCUGCCUUCUUUUCUUCAUUGCAGAUGACUUGGAUGCUCAGAACUGGAACCCCGAAAAGGACCCUGGUGGCCUAAGUUGUGGAUUUGGGGAGAAGGAAACCUGGAACAAGGCUCAGACAUGGACUGAAUAG